AUGUGGGGGAUGUUGCGCAGCACUUUGUGGAGUUAUAGGCGUUUUGUCUUCAUCGUGCUGUUGCCGCCACUGCUGCUUCCACUACCGCUCAUUGUCGCUAGUAAGGAAUCAUGUUGCGCCUUUGUUCUUCUUCUGAUGGCCAUCUUCUGGACCACUGAGGUCAUCCCACUACCCAUUACCGCCAUGUUGCCCGGCAUCUUAUUUCCCGCCUUGGGCAUCAUGACUUCAUCACAGGUGGCGAUGGCAUUCUUCAAAGACUUUCACUUCCUUUUAGUGGGUGUCAGCUGUCUGGCCACCUCCAUCCAAAAGUGGGGUCUCCAUCGGAGGCUGGCCCUCAGAUUAGUAGCUGCAGUGGGUGCAAAUCCGGCUCGGUUGACUUUAGGCUUCAUGUCUGGAUGUGGCUUCCUCUCUAUGUGGGUGAACAACACCUCUGCCGUCACCAUGGUUAUGCCCAUUGCAGAGGCUGUCCUCUGCCAGAUCCGGAGAGUGAGCGACGUGCCUAGCGAGGGGCCUGACCAGGGACUCGAAAAUUGUGGCCUGCAACUGAAUGAGGUGCAUGUCAACUUAGAGAAUGAAUCUUUGAGGGAUGAGCAGAAUCCCCCAGAAGAAACAUCCUCCUCCACCUCUUCCGCAACCUCAUCAUCGUCGUCAUCAUCAUCAUCAUCACGAGCAGCAGAUGCCACUCAGGUGGUGUGUAUGACAGCGCCCCCUAUGGAACUAAUGGUGGGCAAGGCCAUGUGCAUCGGCGUGGCCUUCGCCUCCAAUAUUGGCGGUAUCGCCACAUUGCCAGGAACAUCACCCAACCUCAUCCUCUCCGAGUAUCUUCAUCAGAUUUACCCAGAAUGCAACUGCAUCAACUUUGGCAAGUGGCUUGCGUUGUGUUUUCCUAUCAGCGUGAUAUCAUUGUUGCUUACUUGGGCAUGGCUCUGCUGGCUCUUCAUUGGCUCAGAGUUCCGCUUGUUAGGGCGAUGCGAAGGACAACACUCUCAGAGGGAGAUAGCCACUCUGAAAAUUAUCCAAGAAGAGUACAGAGCACUUGGACCGAUGAGUGGCCAAGAGCUGUUCACCCUGAUGGUCUUCUGCCUGAUGAUCCUUUUGUGGUUCACUCGAUCUCCGGGCUUCAUUCCGGGAUGGGCCUCUCUCUUCCCUCAUCACUCCGACUACAUGACCGAUGCCACUGUGGCUCUUGUCCUGGGAAUUCUUUUCUUCUUGGUGCCCGCCUAUGGACCCUCACAAAAAUAUGAGAGCAUGAUCUCCUGGACAGACUUCCAGGCAUUCAUGCCGUGGAAAGUGUCCCUUCUUGUCGGUGGAGGAUUUGCCUUGGCCGAAGGUACUAAGGUGUCUGGUUUGUCCCGGUGGGUGUCUGAACUUCUGUCCCCUCUGAGUAGUCUCCCUCCCCUGGCCACGGUGACCGUGGCGUGCAUCAUCAUCACCAUGGUAACCGAGCUGGCCAGCAACGCCACUACCAUCACCAUAUUCCUGCCCAUCCUCUCGCCGCUGGCCGAAGGCAUCCGUGUCAACCCACUGUCCAUACUGAUCCCAGCCACUUUGUGUACAUCAUUUUCUUUCCUGCUGCCAGCAUCCAAUCCUCCAAAUGCUGUGGUUUUCGCCUAUGGAUACUUCAGCAUUGCAGACAUGGUAAAGGCAGGGCUGGGUGCAAAUGUGAUCGGCCUACCCAUCGUAUUACUGGCGGUGAGCACGUGGGGUGUGCCUUUGUUCUCUCUGGAUAGGCUACCAGACUGGGUUCCCUCAAUCAAUGCAACAACACCCUAA